AUGGAUUAUACAUAUGGACAAUCAAAUGAUUAUCCACUUCGAAUUGUUGUGCCAAGCGAUUCUGUUGGAGCUAUAAUUGGUAAACAAGGUUCAACAGUUAAACAAAUAAAACAAACUGCGCGUGCAAAAAUUGAUGUUAAUAAAAAUGAAGCAUCAAAUAGUCAAGAACGUGUCAUUAUUAUUCGUGGUCAAGAAGAAAAUUGUAUACAAGCAUGUCGAGAAAUACUUCGAAUUAUGUAUGAAGAUGCGAAAAAUAAAAAUAAAACAAAUGAAAUUAUAUUAAAAGUACUUGCACAAAAUAAUUUUAUUGGCCGAAUAAUCGGUAAAGGUGGUAAUAUAAUAAAUGCAAUUAAAAAAGAAACUGAUACAAAUAUCACUGUUUCAAGUAUCAAUGAGUUAAACUCAUAUAAUAUUGAACGUAUUAUAUCAAUCAAAGGUGAAUUCGAUCAACAAAUGUCAGCAUUAGAAACAAUUUUUAGCAAAUUAUGUUUGGCAAAUGAGAGUGAGAAUGCACGAGCAUGGAAUUAUUCAGCACAAUAUUAUCAACAGCAGCAAAUGAUGCAAAAUUUCGCACAACAUGCUGCUAUGAUAGCUACUGUAGGUUCUACAGGUCCACCAUUAUUACCUAUAAAUUAUAGUCAACAACAGUCGAUGGUUCAUCAAACACAAACAAAUAAUAGUAAUAAUUCUUCGAAUAAAUUUAUGGAGCAACAACCAAAUCUAAGUACAAUUUAUCCAUCAUCUUAUUAUCCAACAAUGAUUCCUACAUCAGGUCCAUUUUAUUUGUCGUAUCCAUCAGCGAAUUCAAUUAUUGCUUCUCAACCGAAUCCAUAUGCUAAUGGAAAUCUUAUGCAACAACAAGAACAGUUACAAUUAUUACAAAAUAUACCUGUCUCUAUUGAAACUGUUCAUUUAUAUGUGCCUAAUACAGCUAUUGGCGCUAUUAUUGGUGCUAAAGGUCUCUUUAUAAAAAAUAUAAUGAAGAGCUCAAAUGCAUCGGUUAAAAUUAAUCCUGUAAGUCAAGACGAAGAUUCAAGUAAAGUUUCGGAAAGACAAGUGACAAUAACGGGAACACCUGAAGCUCAAUGGAAAAGUCAAUAUUAUAUUUAUGAUAAAAUUCGACAAGAAGGUUAUUUCGGCGAAGACUUAGUUCGACUUCGAGCUGAAAUCAAUGUGCCAACAUUGUUAAUUGGUCGUUUAGUUGGUAAAGGCGGACAUAAUGUUCGUCAAUUACAACAAUCAACGGGUGCAUUUAUAAAAUUACCCGAUGAUUCACAACAAACAUCAGCUAGUGAAGUACCUGUUAAAAUCUUUGGUCCUUUUCCAGCUAAUCAAUUUGCCCAACGACGUAUUCAAUCUAUUAUACAAAUGAGUCGUGAUUUAACAAAUAUAUCAAAAGAUGAUAGUAAUAAUAAUAAUAAUAAUAAUAAUAAUAAUAAUAAUAUUAGCAGUAACGAACAAUUAAAUGGUAUGAAUCUCAAUGAAACAUCGAUAAGAGUGAAUGAAAGUACAACAAGUGAUGAUGCCGUAUUUACUUCAAGUACUUUGCCGAAUACAGAUGCUAGUGUGACAACAGUAGAUGAUCAAAACUAA